GGCAGACGUGUUUUUUCCUGUUGGGGGUUUUUCUGUGUUUGUGUUUCUGUGAACUUUGAUCAGUUUCAAACAAGCAUGGCGUCCAUCAGCAGACAGACGAGCAGCGUCUUCUUCUUAAUCCUAACGGUUUUCCUCCCAGCAUGCACCGGGACAGGGGGAGCCUUCCUGCUCAGACAUGAGGCCAGUGGGUUCUUCCAUCGGACCCGUCGGGCCAACACGUUCCUGGAGGAGCUGAGGCAGGGGAACCUGGAGCGGGAAUGUUAUGAGGAGAAAUGUUCCUACGAGGAGGCCAGGGAGAUCAUUCCCCAUUCCCAGCAGCUGGAGAACUUCUGGAGAACAUACACAGUCGUGGACCCCUGCCUGUCGUCCCCCUGUAGCAACGGAGCGACCUGCACCCGGCACUUCCACACCUACGUCUGCAAAUGCGCUGCAGGUUUCCAUGGAUCCAAAUGCGACAAAGUACGUUCAACCUCCACCAGAUGUCGCCACAGAAACGGAGGCUGCGAGCAUUUCUGCAGAGUUAACCCGGAUCGCUCCAAAGUCUGCUUCUGCGCUCCUGGUUAUGGUCUGGAUCAGGACAACAGCACCUGUCUGCCUCAAGAUCCAGUCGUCUGUGGAAGACCGUUGGUGAAUUUUGCCCCGAGGGUAGUUAACGGACAGAUCUGCCCCAAAGGACACUGUCCCUGGCAGGCGGUGCUGUACGAACAUAGCCGGUUCACCUGUGGAGCCAUCGUCCUGUCCGACGUGUGGAUUCUAACCGCAGCUCACUGCGUCUGGAGGAAGCCGUCGGCCAUCUUCCACAUCGAUGUAGGGAAGCAUGACCUAAAGGCCACGGAGAAAACGGAACAGCGGCGGCGUGUGCUCAACAUCACGAUCCACCCCGACUACAACAGCUCCACCUCCGACAGCGACCUGGCCCUGCUAAAGCUUCACCGCCCAGUCAAGCUCGGCCGCUACGUCGUUCCAAUCUGCCUGCCUGCUCGGAACAGCACCUUCGCUUGGACGCUGUCCACCGUCCGCCACGCCACCGUCUCCGGAUGGGGUCGCCUGGUGGAGGCCGGUCCGACCGCUCGGUUCCUGCAGCGUCUGGUGCUGCCGAGGGUCCCGCUGCAGGAGUGCCGCCUCCACACCCAGCUCAACAUCACCAAAAACAUGUUCUGUGCAGGGUACAGGAAAGGCGGACAGGACGCCUGCGAAGGCGACAGCGGCGGCCCGCUGGUGAUGCGGUACAAGAAGACCUGGUUCCUGACGGGCGUGGUGAGCUGGGGCAACGGCUGCGCCAAGGAGAACAUGUACGGCGUUUACGCCAAGGUCAACAACUUCCUGGAUUGGAUGGAGUCUGUAAUGGCGACUGUCUUUCUGGAGCCACAGAAGGCCCAUGGCGUCCUGGUCCGGACCCGGCGCUACAACUCCGGCUGGUUUGAGGAGCUGAAAAUGGGAGAUCUAGAGCGGGAGUGUCUGGAGGAGACAUGUAGCUUUGAAGAGGCCAGAGAGGUGUUUGAACACACGGAGCUGACGAACGAGUUCUGGAAGAAAUACUCUGUCCCUGACAGCUGUAAGUCCAGUCCCUGUCAGAACGGCGGGACCUGCAUCCUGGACGGAGCGUCCUAUGCCUGCUUAUGUCUUCCUCAGUUCAGAGGACUCAACUGUGACCUCGAGCAGCAGCAGGAGUCUGACAGCUGUCUGCUGCAGAACGGAGGCUGUGAACAUUUCUGCCAUGAGGACGACUAUGGACGAAGACUAGCAUGUUCGUGCGCUGGAGGGUACCACCUGGAGGCUGACGGGCGGAGCUGCAUCUCAACAGAGCCGAUAGCGUGCGGCAUGAUUCCUGUCCUACGGGACGUGACCGGAAACAGCCAUCUGCUGAGGAUUGUGGGAGGGACGGAGUGUCCGAAGGGUGAAUGCCCCUGGCAGGUUUUGCUGAAGUAUAAAGGCGAAGGUUUCUGUGGAGGAGUGAUUUACGAACCAACAUGGAUCCUCACAGCCUCUCACUGCCUCACUGACACUGACCCACAGUUCCUGAAGGUGGUUGCAGGCGAACACGACACCAGGGUUAACGAGUCUACUGAGCAGGUCAUCCAAGUCGAGGAGAUCAUUAUGCACCAGAACUAUGUGAUGAGAACUGUUGACAACGAUAUCGCCCUCCUUCGCCUAGCGUCUCCGAUAGUUUACUCGCCAUACGCAGUCCCUAUCUGCCUGCCGACGCGAACACUGGCAGAACGUGAGCUCUGGGCGGUGGACCUGCACACAGUGAGCGGUUGGGGGAAGCGGAGCGAGAACGGGCCCAUCUCCGUCCUCCUCAGGCGUACCAAGGUGCCGCGCAUACGAAAGCAGACCUGUGUGGAGCAAAGCGGCGUGCCGCUCACCGAGAACAUGUUCUGUGCCGGAUACUUUGACGGUCGGAGUGACUCGUGUAAAGGCGACAGCGGCGGUCCACUGGUGACCAAGUAUAAGAAAACAUAUUUCCUGCUGGGGAUCGUGAGCUGGGGGAAGGGCUGCGCCCGACCAGGCAACUACGGCAUCUACACUCGAGUGUCCAACUACCUGGAGUGGAUCCACAACCAAACAGCAACACCGGCUCAGAGGGAAAUCCCCACGGAGACGGUCCCCGGCUCUGCUACUGUUACUCUACAAUAACUUUCCCAGAAUUAAACACAUUAUUUACUCAUUAUAAA